GAGGGGAUUAGAAAGCGCUCAUCCGCCUGUUGAUUUAUUAUGCCGUCUACAGAUAUGCUGAUCAAUUCAUCAAACACACUGCGUAAAUGUAGGAACAGGUCAUCAGAAUGGCUUCAAUCGGACAAAUAAUCUUUGGAAGUAUGAUUUUUCUCAUAGUAGUCAUUUCAGGACUCAUCAUUUUCAUUCUGGCCAUUGCAUUUUCAGUGUCCCAAGGUACCGUUGAAAGCAGAAGUCCGUCUACUGUGGGGAACCUUGCUGAGGAUGUGGUCCUGGAUUGCAGGUUCUUUAGCAACAGUGGCAAAGAGCAAUUCAGUGAUGUGUCAGUUACUUGGCUGAAAGACUCUGUCAGUGGGGUGGUCUAUGAAUACAAAAACAAAGCAGCCCAGCUUCAGGGGCAGAACGCACGGUUCAAAAACAGAGCUCAACUGUUCUCAGAUGCGAUGUCAGUGGGCAAUGCUUCCCUACUGCUGAGAAAUGUGAAGCUGGAGGAUGAGGGUGUGUAUCGCUGCUCUGUCAAUGCACCAAAAGUCUCAGGGACUACCAGCGUUAACCUUAGAGUGGCUGCAUUCUCAGCUCCCACAUUUACUCAACAGAAAGAUGGGUCUCUGUUUGCUCAGGCUGAUAAAUGGUUUCCCCAACCAGAGGUUAGUUGGUUAAGUCAGAGUGGACAGCUUCUAAACAGCAGCACCCAGUUUAUCAACAACACUUCAGGAAUCGUGCGAGUUGCUAGUGUCCUCAAAGACCCGGUAAAGGAAGAUGACACCUACACCUGUCUUAUCCAGAACAGUCUUGUGAAAGCUAUCUCAGAGGCAACUAUAACAGCAAACAGCGUGAGGGAGAGGACAUACUUCAUAUUCAGUGCUGCAGCUACAGAAGUGCAAUCCUUACAAAUUCUGCUCACGGUCAUCCUUAUUCUUUCUGCAAUCCAGUAGAUGCUGUAUGAAGUUUAAAAAAAUCUGUAAUUCUGUUCAAAAAUUGUUAAAGCAAAAAGGAUUUUUUAAAUUAAAACAAGAAUAUAAUUCUAUUUGGUUAUUCCAAAUAUAAUAUUGAAUAUAAUUAACUUCCUCCAGCGGUUGGUGAUGGUCAAGCCAAUCAUGGUUUUCUUGAACCAGUCUUGUUUGACCAAAAUGACAUUUUCCAACUUUCAUGAGCUGUAAGGUCUAAUCAUAAAA